AUGAGGGCGGGAGGAGGAGAUGGUGAGGAUAAGGAUAGAGAUGUGGAUGUGGAUAGGUAUGUGGAUGAGUAUGAGUAUGUGUUUGAGGACGAAGGUGGAGAUGGAGAUAGCGAGGAGUCGUCUCCGUCAGUCUUCUUCAGUCGAUAUCUGAUGUAUAACAAGAGUGAAAAGUUCACAAACCUGUACUUUGCUCUUGGGUUUGGUGUGAACGGCAACUGGGAUUAUGUAAAUGUAUAUACAGAAGGAUGGACGGCUCACAGUAAAGAGCAUAGGUAG